AUGAAGACACGACUCCAAGAUGGCCUGUACAGGGCAGAUACCAGGUCAGGCACCGGAAAUGCAGCUCCAGCGAGUGGUGGGCGCGGUGCAGGGCUGAAGGCCGACAGGCGGGCGACGAGCACGACCCGCAAUGCCAAGCUCGAGCUCUUCGAUCAUGCGAGUCCAACGUCAAUUCCACGCUCCUCCCCAAGCUCGACCGCCGACCGCCCACGCCCACCUCUCCACUCCACCCCAAUUGCUCGCGCCAUGUUCCUCCAGCGCUCUGCCAUUGCCGCCGCCAGGCGCGCGGCCCCCGCCGCCCUCGCCCGCCGCACCUUCACCACCACCUUUGUGCGCCGCGACGCCAAACCCGAGGCCACCCACGAGAAGGAGGCUGGCCACUCCGCCAACGCCCCCAGCGUCCUCGAGGGCUUCAAGAAGCUCGAGCACAUCAAGAGCACCGAGGACCUGCUCCCCCCCGGUGCCCAGCCCGGUACCGUCCCCACCGACGCCGAGCAGUCGACCGGUCUCGAGCGUCUCGAGAUUCUCGGAAAGAUGCAGGGCGUCGACAUCUUCGACAUGAGGCCCCUUGACGCCAGCCGUCUCGGCACCCCAGAGGACCCCAUCGUCGUCAACUCUGCCGGUAACGAGCAGUACGUCGGUUGCACCGGCUAUCCCGUCGACUCCCACGGCGUACUGUGGAUCACCCUCACCCGCGACGAGCCCCAGUCCCGCUGCAUGGAGUGCGGAUCCACCUACAAGAUGCACUACGUCGGCCCUGCCGAGGACCCCCACUCGCACGACCACGGCCACGACCACCACGAAAACCCCUACCCCAGGCCGAAGAACAUGGCCGACUUCCUCAAGCCCGAGUACCUGCACGUCUAA